AUGUACGUCACCUACUGUGAGGAGGGGUAUUUACGGGGGCUACUGAGGAACGCCGUGGUCAGGCCCAGUUUGAAGGCCUUCCUGGGGACGAGGGUUAUUUCGUUUUUGAACGAAAAGGAAAGGCACAACUGCUCCAUGGCGUGCAAGCUGCUCUUUUUCGAAACCUACUCCCUGGGGAACUUAAAAAAUAUUUACAAGAGGAAGUUCAUGCCGAGUGAAAAGAGGAGCCUCAUAUGGAAGCUGAUUCUGCUGGGGGAGAGCACGCACUUGAGUGAGGACCUGUUCGGCGAGCUGACGCGGAGGAGGAGCACCUACGAGCGGAUCAUCGAGAAGGACGUGCCGAGGACCUUCCCGCACCGCGACGCAACCGCAAACACAGCCGCAGACCCAACCGCAGACCCAACCGCAACUGCAGUGCCGCGUGGGCCCCCCCCCCAGGAAGAGCUCUUCGACGUGCUGAAGACCUGCUCGCUGUACUUCCAAAACGUGGGCUACUGCCAAGGAAUGAAUUACGUCGCCGCGGUUCUCUUCCUCGUCCUUAAAGACAAGCUACACACAGCCAGGUGCUUCAUCGCUUUGCUAAAAAUUUUUAACUUAAAAGGAAUGUACAUGCACAAGUUCCCCCAGCUGAAGAAGACCAUUUACCAGCUGAAGAUCCUCAUAAGGGCCUAUUUCCCCAAGCUCUCUUCUUACCUUCGAAGGAAAAAAAUUAAAAUUGACUUCUUUUCUAUUAACUGGUUCAUGACCCUCUUCUCCCAGGACUUAACCUUUGAGCAGACGGUAAAAUUAUGGGACAGUUUUUUCCUUUUCGGGGUGAAGAUCUUAAUAAAGCUCAGCUUAAUUUUUUUGUCUCAUUUUGAAAGGAAAAUUUUGAGCCUAUCAUAUGAAGAGGCUCUAACCUUCCUCAAGUCGAUUACGAGGUUCCCCUUCACCGAUUACCUUUUUGAAGAGGAAAAUUUCUUUGCCCAUUUACGAAGGUUUAAAGUGACCAACAGGACUUUAAGGCAAAUCGUUUUCCUCCGGAAGAAUGGCAUUAGCUUUGAGGUGCACGUGACAGAGGUAACCCACCGUGGGGUUCAAACGAAUCGGUGCUCCGUGGUGCUUUGCGAAAAUGGGAACAGGGGGGACAAAAUGGCGCAGGCGGUAGGUCGCUCAUCUGCCCUGCACAAUGGGGAUAACCUCGUGCACCGGUUUAUGGGAAUGUUCCGCGGGGCGGUGGACACCAACCGAGCGGUGAGCGGCAACCAAGCGGUGUGCACCAACCAAGCGGUGUGCACCAACCAAGCGGUGUGCACCAACCGAGCGGUGAGCAGCAACCAAGCGGUGAGCAGCAACGGAGCGGUGAGCAGCAACCAAGUGAUUUGCACCAACCGAGAGAUCUGCACCCCCCAGGCGAACUGCGCCAACCUCUUCCUCGACCCCAGCUGCUCCAACGAAGUCCCUCCGGAGAACCAGUGCCUCUCGCUGAACUUCAGCAGUGGCCUCUUCUGCGGCGCCAAGGAGCGGCGUAGGUACCUGCGGGGGGACAGCACCACCGGUGAGGGCAGCACCCGGGAGGAGGAGGCCACCGCGGAGGAGGGGUGCAGCGCGCCCCCCAGCCAGAACGCCUGCGUCGAAACGAACACCUACUACGACUUGAAUUUGACCAAGUCCUUCCGGUGA